GGACAGGGUUUAGAGCUCGGUUCAAGUAUUGACUGAAGAGGGAUCUAAGUGAGCGGUCAGCGGUAGCUAUUUCGAUUCUGAGGAGAAGAUCAUGGCGGGGCCGGGGAGUUCGAUGUUGUAUUCCUUCCUUCUGUUCACUGUGAUUCUCUCACUUCAAGAGAUGUAUAGAGGGAAGUUAGCAUCAACUGAGUUGUUUACGAUUCUCGGGGGAUUCAUCAGUUCCCUCUUGUUCCUUGUGCUGCUCACUUUCAUUGGCAAUUAUCAGGAAACAUGUGGCGUAAGGACUGGCUGGGGUGCUGUUAUUAUAGCAGAAGCAGUUGCUCUUAUUGCUGCUAGCACUGUCCAUCGAGUUUGUAUCACGACAUGUUUCUUGUUCUCUGCCGGAUUACUGUAUGAGGUCAACAAGCUUUCAGGGAUAAUGCUUUCCAAAAGUGAAUCUAAAACAAAAAGGCACUGAGCGGUAUUUAUUUUAAUUCACAUGUUUUGAAAUGUUUUUGUUCCCUUUUCUUCCGAGUACAAUUUAGCCAUAGUAGAAAAGAGAAGUAUCAGUUUUAAUGUAUCAGAUAUUUGUCAAACAUGGAGCUUGAAAGAUUUGAUUCAAUCAAUAGCAUUUCUGGGAUCUUGUUUA